GCUGCUGGUGUGACGUGUCCCGCGCUUGGCGCAGCAGGAAGCAGCAGCGAUCGUCUUCUGAGUUCCCGGCCGUGGCCCCAGCUCCUCUCCUGCUGCCGCCAUGCUCGACUUCUUCACCAUUUUCUCCAAGGGUGGCCUUGUGCUCUGGUGUUUCCAGGGCGUGAGCGAUUCAUGCACCGGGCCGGUUAACGCGCUGAUUCGUUCGGUGCUGCUGCAGGAACGGGGAGGUAACAACUCCUUCACCCAUGAGGCACUCACACUCAAAUAUAAACUGGACAAUCAGUUUGAGCUGGUGUUUGUGGUUGGUUUUCAGAAGAUCCUUACACUGACCUAUGUGGACAAACUGAUAGAUGACGUGCACCGGCUUUUUCGGGACAAGUACCGCACAGAGAUCCAGCAGCAAAGUGCUUUAAGUCUAUUGAAUGGCACCUUUGAUUUCCAAAAUGACUUUCUGCGGCUCCUUCGUGAAGCAGAGGAGAGCAGUAAGAUCCGUGCUCCCACUACCAUGAAGAAAUUUGAAGAUUCUGAAAAGGCCAAGAAACCUGUGAGAUCCAUGAUUGAGACACGUGGGGAAAAGCCCAAGGAAAAAACAAAGAACAGCAAAAAAAAGGGGGGUAAGAAGGAAGUGAGGCUUCUCCUAACAGGUUCUGAUGGCGGCCCUUUGGCUACCGGCAAAGCAGACUCUGUAGUAAAGACAGGUGUCCCAGUGGGGCCUGAGAAUGGGGUAGAGCUUUCCAAAGAGGAGCUGGUACGCAGGAAGCGAGAAGAGUUCAUGCAGAAGCAUGGGAGGGGUGUGGAGAAGUCCAGCAAGUCCCUGAAGUCAGAUGCUCCAAAGGAGAAGGGCAAAAAAGCGCCCCGGGUGUGGGCACUGGGUGGCUGUGCUAACAAGGACGUCUUGGAUUAUAGUACCCCUACCACCAAUGGAACUCCUGAGGUUGCUCUGCCUGAGGACAUCAACUUGAUUCGAGGGACUGGGCCUGGGGGGCAGCUUCAGGAUUUGGACUGCAGCAGCUCAGAUGAUGAUGAGGCCUCUCAGAGCACCACCAAACCUAGUGCUACAAAGGGGACUCUGGGUGGCAUGUUUGGGAUGCUGAAGGGCCUCGUGGGUUCCAAGAGCUUGAGUCGUGAAGACAUGGAAUCUGUGCUGGACAAGAUGCGUGAUCAUCUCAUUGCGAAGAACGUGGCUGCAGACAUUGCCGUCCAGCUCUGUGAAUCUGUUGCCAACAAGUUGGAAGGGAAGGUGAUGGGGACAUUCAGUACGGUGACAUCUACAGUAAAGCAAGCUCUCCAAGAGUCCUUGGUGCAGAUUCUGCAGCCACAGCGCCGUGUGGACAUGCUCCGGGACAUCAUGGACGCCCAACGCCGCCAGCGCCCUUAUGUCGUCACCUUCUGUGGUGUUAAUGGAGUGGGGAAGUCUACUAAUCUCGCCAAGAUUUCCUUCUGGUUGUUGGAGAAUGGCUUCAGUGUACUCAUUGCUGCCUGUGACACAUUUCGUGCCGGCGCCGUGGAGCAGCUGCGCACACACACCCGGCGCCUGACUGCCCUACACCCGCCAGAGAAUCACAGUGGCCGUACCAUGGUGCAGUUGUUUGAAAAGGGCUAUGGCAAGGACGCUGCUGGCAUUGCCAUGGAAGCCAUCGCCUUUGCACGUAACCAAGGCUUCGAUGUGGUCCUGGUGGACACGGCAGGCCGCAUGCAAGACAAUGCCCCCCUGAUGACGGCCCUGGCCAAACUCAUUACUGUCAAUACACCUGACUUGGUGCUGUUUGUUGGGGAAGCCUUAGUAGGCAAUGAGGCCGUGGAUCAGCUGGUCAAGUUCAACCGAGCCUUGGCUGACCAUUCUAUGGCUCAAACACCUCGACUCAUUGAUGGCAUUGUCCUUACCAAAUUUGAUACCAUCGAUGACAAGGUGGGAGCUGCUAUUUCCAUGACGUACAUCACAAGCAAACCCAUCGUCUUUGUGGGUACUGGCCAGACCUACUGUGACCUACGCAGCCUCAACGCUAAGGCUGUGGUGGCUGCCCUCAUGAAGGCUUAACAUGGCUCCUGCCCAAUACCAAAUCGCCGCUUCCCCCCACAGACCAUUAUUCCUGUAUCAAGAAUAUGCUUCAGAGUAUGUGAGCAACUUGUCUUCAGUGUAGUAAAGAGGCAGAGUGAGGGGAGCUCCAGGGGCUUGCAGCUCCUUCUAACCCCACUCCCUGUCCAGCCUCCAUCUGCAAGGAGGGUGGGCCUAAUCAUGUUCCAGUCACUGCCCACUGAUGCCCACCCUGCCAUGGGACUCCACUCCCCUCCUCAGCCAUUCCCUUCACUCUGCUUCCAGACUCAGUCUCUCUACAGCUUUGACCAAUGGUUGGAAGACUCAACACCAGAGCUCUGCAAUGUUAACGAUACACAAGAGACUUUGUGAGUCAGCUCUGGGUCUUGAGCGGCAUUCUCCUAGGACACACAGCUUUCAGGUCCCUGGGGCCAGGAUGACACCCACCUCACUGUGGCAAUGUAUGGCCUGUUCUUAAUUGCUGCUAAUUCUGAUGACUCCCACCCCCGCCUCCCCAAAGCAUCAGCUAGGCCAGGGCGAUGUGUUACCAAUGAGAGAAAAUGGGUCCCCUGCUUCCCUGAGAAGUAAAGGGAGCCGAGCUGCAGUGCUGCAUUGGGCUUCGCAGCCCCAGUCUAUCUCACUCCCAGAAUCCAGAUGUAAGCCUGCAUGUUCCCCUUCCUGGGAGAAAACUAUCAGAAGGGUAUCCGUUGCCCCCUCCCUGGCCCGCUGUUCACCUCCUGAGCAGAUCCUGGCUUUUUCUCACUCUACAGUGCCUGGUAGACAAGUGCUACGUUGAAGAAUACAAACCUCCUGUUAGGACUUGUCUUAUAGCUUGGUAUUACAGAUGUGCUAUUAGUGCAAUAAGGUGAAGGCUGUCUGUCUGCCCAGAGAAAUACAUAAUUUAUAUAAGAAAAUAAAUUUCAUAAAUAAA